AUGGAUGGGAGGGAGAUGUGUGACAAAUUGUCGAGCGCGCACGCGUAUCUACGGUUAAAACCGGAUCAAACGUGGGACACCAUUCCUCAGAAGCUUUUAAAUGAUUUGGGACAAUUGGUGAAAGCAAAUAGUAUAGAAGGUGUGAAGAAGAGCAGUGUGGUAGUUGUUUAUACGCCGUGGAAAAAUUUAAUGAAAACUGGUGAGAUGGAUGUUGGGCAGGUCUCAUUUCGCGAUCAUAGUUUGGUGAAAAAAAUAACAGUCGAAAAGGAUAACCAAAUCGUCAGACGUCUCGAAAAAACAAAAAAGGAGUCAUUUCCAGAUCUGGCACUUGAAAAACUAGAGAUGGAAAAAGAACGAAGGAAGAUUCUUAAGGAAGCUGCUAACCAAAAAGAAAAAGAGAAACUUCAAUUGGAGAGACAACGACGCGAAGAAGCUGAAAAGAGAUCAUAUGAGCCACUCUUUGUUCCGUCAAAUAUGCGAAGCAAUUCACAGAAUACCAAUGAUGUAAAGGAUAUAAAUGAAUGGGAAGAAGAUUUUAUGUGA